CAUCAAAGCGAAAUCCUCGUGCGGUGGUGUGUGUGGUGGUGGUACGCGAGAAUUUCGUUCAGGGAAAUCCAGCGAGAAACGCCGCAAGCCUUAGAGUUUCGAGCAUCAUUUCCCGCUCUGAUCGGGGUUCUCGCGAGCGGGGUCAACGUCAUUGAGGCUCUGAUUCCACCGUUACGAUGGAUGAGUACAUGCGUAACCCGUGCCCUUGGCGCAUCGUCGAUGACUGUGGAGGAGCUUUCACGAUGGGUCUCAUCGGGGGAUCCCUCUUUCAAGGCAUCAAAGGAUACAGAAACGCGCCUAUCGGGCUCAAUAAGAGAUUGUUGGGUUCGAUGGCGGCGAUCAAAGAACGAGGACCCAUCACAGGUGGUCACUUCGCCGUCUGGGGUGGCCUCUUCUCAACAUUCGAUUGUACUCUCGUUCACCUACGCGGUAAGGAAGACCCCUGGAACUCUAUCAUGUCGGGUGCACUCACCGGUGCGACACUCGCUAUGCGUCAGGGAACAGCUUCUGUGAUAACUUCGGGAGUCAUCGGAGCGGUUUUCCUCGGCCUCAUCGAGGGAAUGUCAAUACUGAUAACUCAAUUCUCUGCGCAAGAGUUCAGACCGAUUUCACCUCUCGAUAUGCCUGAACACAUGGGCAAUCAACAACAACAACAAGGCGGUUGAUGUAUAUUAUUUCUUAGAUCUUACUGUCAAUGACGCUGUCGCGACCCGCUCCGUAGGCGGCAUGUCGCUACCUCGAGACGGAAUAAAUUUGAUUUUGCAUCUAGAUCU